CGCCAGUGGGCGUGGCGUGGCUUAAUGCGAAGAGACGCGGCGCGGCAGCGCGUGAGGGCUGCGGCGGCUUCCCUAGAUUAGGCUUGGGAGGCAAGAGGAGGCCUCCUGACCUUUCACACUGCCUUUUUAAUAUUAAGAUGAAGGCACACUCCACAACUUUUUUCCGGCCAGGCCCAGACAUGUCCGUCCUUGUAAGAUAAAAGCUUCCGUGGGAGCCUUCCUUCUUAAUCAAGCCUCGUGGUGGAACAUCGGACCCUUCAAGAGGAAGAAUGAAAGCUCUACAUGGGAACACGAUGUGAAUGGAAGAAGCCUGUCAUUAUGCAAAUAAUACGACACUCUGAACAGACCCUGAAAACAGCUCUCAUCUCAAAGAACCCAGUGCUUGUGUCACAGUAUGAGAAAUUAGAUGCUGGGGAACAGCGUUUAAUGAAUGAAGCCUUCCAGCCAGCCAGUGAUCUCUUUGGACCCAUUACCUUGCAUUCUCCAUCAGAUUGGAUCACCUCCCACCCUGAGGCCCCCCAAGACUUUGAACAGUUCUUCAGUGAUCCUUACAGAAAGAUACCCUCUCCAGACAAACGCAGCAUUUAUAUACAGUCCAUUGGCUCUCUAGGAAACACCAGAAUUAUCAGUGAAGAAUAUAUUAAAUGGCUUACGGGCUACUGUAAAGCAUAUUUCUAUGGCUUGAGAGUAAAACUCCUAGAACCAGUUCCUGUUUCCGCAACAAAGUGUUCCUUUAGAGUCAAUGAGAACACACAAAACCUACAGAUUCAUGCAGGGGACAUCCUGAAGUUCUUGAAAAAGAAGAAACCUGAAGAUGCCUUCUGUGUUGUGGGAAUAACAAUGAUUGAUCUUUACCCAAGAGACUCGUGGAAUUUUGUCUUUGGACAGGCCUCUCUGACAGAUGGUGUGGGGAUAUUCAGCUUUGCCAGGUAUGGCAGUGAUUUUUAUAGCAUGCGCUAUGAAGGCAAAGUGAAGAAGCUGAAGAAAACAUCUUCAAGUGACUAUUCAAUUUUCAACAACUAUUAUAUUCCAGAAAUAACUAGUGUUUUACUACUUCGAUCCUGUAAGACUUUAACCCAUGAGAUCGGACACAUAUUUGGACUGCGACACUGCCAGUGGCUGGCAUGCCUAAUGCAAGGCUCCAACCACUUGGAAGAAGCUGACCGGCGCCCUCUAAACCUUUGCCCUAUCUGUUUGCGCAAGUUGCAGUGUGCUAUUGGCUUCAACAUUAUAGAAAGAUACAAAGCACUGGUGAGGUGGAUUGAUGAUGAAUCUUCUGACACACCUGGAGCAACUCCAGAACACAGUCGUGAGGAUAAUGGGAAUUUACCGAAACCUGUGGAAGCCUUUAAGGAAUGGAAAGAGUGGAUCAUAAAAUGCUUGGCUGUUCUCCAAAAAUAAGGACCUUCAAAUAGGAGCGAUUGAAAUAAAUGACUACUUGCAUGUUAUGCUUUCAUUUGGGUGGAAUACUUCAUCGGAAUAAAUUACUGAUCUUGUGCUGUGUCAAAGUAACAGACUAGAACCUUCUUUCAGGUACCUGAAUUGAAAUGAAACUGAAUAAUAAAAACUCUAGAAACUCUU